AUGGAUUUCGUUUACGGAAUUGAUAGGACGGAGCAUUCGAAAUUGUACAACUUCGAAGGGUUCCGCAUAAAAAGCAAUCUAAGGGUUCAAGAUCAGGCGACCUUGCCGGCCAAGCAACUGCUGAACCAUCUUCAAUCCACCGAUCCUUACCAGUUGUCGAGGUGCAAAGUCACACUUAAGAACAGGGACCUGUGGACCAAGUUCCACGCCAUGGAGACCGAGAUGAUCAUCACGAAGUCUGGCAGGCGGAUGUUCCCGUCGUUCCACGUCCAAGUGAGCGAGCUCGACCCGAACGCGCACUACUGCGUCCUCCUGGAGAUGACGCCCGCGUCUCGUUGCCGUUACAAAUACUCCACGACCGGAGGUUGGGCACCCGCAGGCACGGAAGAAGCCCAAAGUCCCCAGAGGAUCUACCUGCAUCCCGAAUCCCCUGCCAAAGGGGACUACUGGAUGUCGCAGCCGAUCUCCUUCGGUCGUCUCAAACUAACCAACACACCCGCGCCACCUGCCGGCCAGGUGGUACUCUCUUCGAUGCACAAGUACCAACCUCGGGUGAUAAUCGCCAAGACCAACGACCCGAGGACGGUGGGAUGGGCUCCCAGCACUAGCGUCGCUUUUCCCGAGACUCAGUUCAUCGCGGUGACGGCUUACCAAAACGAGAAGAUUACGCAACUGAAAAUCGACAACAAUCCCUUCGCGAAAGGCUUUAGGGAAAACGGCCAGGCAAAGUGCAAGAGGAAGAGGACCGUCGAUGACCGAGAAACGGCGAAACUGGCAGAAGCUCCGUGCGUAAAAGAAGAAGACUCGAUUUCUGUGUGUUCGUCGCCGAAUUCUUCGAUAGACACGUGCAAGAGCGGUUCGCCCGUAGCGGCGCCGCAACAGGUGGAUUGCUGCCAAUCGUCGUCUUGUUAUACCCGUUGCUACGCCUAUCCGUACGCGUACGAGCCCCAUUAUUUUUAUCACCGGUACCCCGUGUACCCUUAUUCGAUGUGGAACGCACCAUCCGGUGGGUACUACUAUCCGCCAGCACAUUCGGAAGAACCCAGAGACAUGUCCGCGCUGAACUUGGCGAAGAAACCGAGGAAGCUCACCGAUUUUUCCAUAAAAACCAUCCUCGGCUGCUGA